UAUAUGGGCGUGUUGCUGCGAAACAAAUCAGCGUUGCAGGAUGUAGGCAAUGGCUGGUUGGCUAUUGCAACCUGUUUAACUUUGCUUGUGUCUGCAAUUAAUUUAUUUCUGAACAUUACAAUGCCUGUGGAAAGUCUGCCUGUCCGAGACCCGGCCUUCCAUCGGCGACUGCUGGAGCAGUACUUGCUUUUGCUGAAGAAAUACCCGAUUCUCACCAAAUCUGUGACAAGUGGAAUUCUCUCUGCCCUGGGAAAUCUGCUUUCCCAAGCUCUGGAGAGCAGAAAAAAGAGGACGGCGGAUGGAAAUUUGAGGAAGGGCCUCAAUGUUCUGGGACCCGCACGGUUUGCCGUUUACGGGCUGUUCUGCACAGGACCCCUGAGCCAUUACUUCUACCAGCUGAUGGAGCUGGUGUUUCCGUCCAGCGAGCCCUACUGCGCGCUCAAGCGGCUGCUUCUGGAUCGGCUCGUCUUCGCGCCGGCCUUCCUCCUGCUCUUCUUCUUCGUCAUGAACGUCCUGGAGGGUAGGACAAUUUCAGCAUUUCAAGGCAAAGUGAGAGCAGGUUACUGGCCAGCCCUGAAGAUGAACUGGAAAGUGUGGACCCCUUUCCAAUUUAUCAACAUCAACUACGUGCCUGUUCAGUUCCGUGUACUGUUUGCCAACCUGGUGGCUUUGUUCUGGUACGCCUACCUUGCGUCGGUAAGGAAGUGAAGCCGCCCAACCACCCUUCAGUUUUACGGAAUUCAGCAUGUGCCGGACGUGCGUGGUUCCCAGGACACGUGUUUAACAUACUGUAGGCCUGAUUGUACUAAAUAUAGGUGCUGGAAAUGAACGCGAUGGUCGAACCACAUCCAGUGCAGUCGUGGAUUAAACGAACGGUUCGCCAAUGAAGUGGCAGUUCCACAGGGAUCAAAAUGCCAUUUAUAAAUAUAAGGAUUUGCACAUGAACUGAGAAUCAUGUUGACUGAUUGUACCGUAUGCGAUAAUUGAAGAGAAUGCCUUGGAUCCUUCACACAUUGCCUCAAUUUGCAGAAUCGCACGUGUCACAAAAUAAAAAUGGACACGUGAUAAAAUUGAUUAAUUAUCCAUAUUAGUUCAACAACAAAACUCAGUACAAUAGAAAAUCAAUGGCUAAUUUUAAGGUGUAAGCUAAACACAACAUGCAGAUUGGUGAUCAAGUAAGAUUAAUCAGUAUUGCUCUACUUUAGUAUUACUUCAUUAUCAGUGUUGUUGCUUAUAAGCAAAGCCUGCUGCUGUCUUGAAUACUCACCAGUGUUGUAUAGGAACCCAAAUCCAGUUGCUUGCUACGUAGUAAUGUCUAGAGCAAACGACGUGGAGGAAAACACCUCGAUGUGCACCUGCUGUAUAAAAUCCUGCACUCUGCGCAGGUAUGCGUUAAUGUAACCUUUCGAUGAUCGGCCAUUUUUUUCCACUCGACCUUUGAAAUAAAACAAGUGCUUGCCUUCA